CCUGGAAACAUUAAAGCGAUUAGACUCACCCUGGAGAAUCGCGGAGAAUCAGUACCGCAUUUCCCGAGUGCAAUCCUCGGUUCAAGAUAGGGUUUCAAGGAAAUGGCAUCCCUAUUCCCGAGUUCAUUUCGCUAACCUUCAGGAAAAGCUAAAAGGUUGCGUCAAAAUCCCAAUUUGAUGGCUAAUUUCUCAUAUUAUUGGUUUAUAAACAAGAGAAGAAGAAAUUUGCAGGCGCGUUGAUCAGUGGAUACUGAUGCAUCAUGCCGCGGCAUUGUUGUCCGGAGAUUCGGCACGUAAAUGUAUGGAAAGUCACCUGACCCAAUUCUGCCAACCAAAAUGAAUUCUUCAUUGUUAUCUACUAUUUAGGGUAAACCAAUUUGUCACAUCUCGUUUGUCUAUUAACUAACAUCACUAGUAUUGUUUAAUGUAAAUUGGCUGUAGUGGUGUAGGAUGGGAUUCUGUUGACGUACACCUAAUACCUACAUGUAGGAUGCCAUGGGGCUUGGGAUAUUCUCAUGUCCAUGUUGCCCAAAGGACGACCAAAAUCGCGAACCGCUAUUGAAGCAUGGCCAGUCCUACUGCUCACUCGGUCCACUUGGUAAUGUAGGUCCCACUGGACUUGUGAAAGAGAAUGCUUCAGAUAAUUUCGCAGAAAAUAGAGCGCGUUCCACUUACGGUCGAGUCUUUGGUAGCCCCUUGGUUACUCUCGAACACGAUGGCAGUCAGAUCCCAACCAUCGUGGAGAGAAUGAUGACAGCCAUCGAGGAGACGGGGAUCAAUGCUGAAGGCCUCUACCGGAAGAACGGGCUGGUCACGGAUGUGAAGGCAUUGAUCAGAGAUUGCAAUGAAGAUCCUGACUCGGUAAACUUCGCUAAGCAGCAUAUCCAUGUUCUUGCCACAGCUUUCAAGACAUUAUUCAGGGACCUCCCAGAACCUCUCCUAUGUUAUGGUCUCUAUGAUGAAUUCGUAGACGCAGCGAGUAACCCGAACGAAGAAGAGAGAAUGCGGUGUGUAUUAGAAGUAAAGCAUAAACUUCCACAACAAAAUAUACGGGUACUGGAUAGACUUCUAGGACACUUGGCAAGGGUUGCAAAAGCAGCAGACAAUCGCAUGACAGCAAACUCAUUAGCCAUCAUAUUCGCACCAAAUAUUUUACAACCACUGCAACCUCCACCAUCUGAUAGGCCCGACCAAAUCAUCGCCAAUGUAAAGAUCCAAACAGCAUGUAUACAGUGUAUGAUAGAAGAAACAAUUAAGAAACUAUCAAAUGGAACACUGGGAGAUCCGCCCGAUUCAGAGGAUGAGGACAGAUUAUGACCGGUCAUACACUGCUGGCAAUACUGACUAUUAUCUAGGGAUUCUUAGUCGAUUACUCUCAGCCGCAUGUUUUAUCUUAACUGUAGCCAUUGCGGGCGUUUUAUUUUAGCAUAUUUCGUGAAUAUUGUUAGCCAAAAUGAGAAAAUCGUGAUUUUCUUAAUUGAAAAAGGUGGGAAAAUUUUUGCAUGUACUACUCCGUCAAAAGAAAUCUUGAAAAUCUGAAAAGAAAUUUCCAAAAAUCGCUGAAAAAUUAAAUACAAAUGGUACCUGUUAAGGUGUUCCCCCUGUUGUUCUUUAACUUUCGUUUCAAGGCAGGACAGCAAUUUAACUACACAGACUCGAUCAACUUUCUCAAGUAAAAAAUAUUCUGAGGAAAGAAACCUUAAAUUGUUCGGAACAGGGAGGCCCAUGAUAGUAUGGGCGUAGCAUCAAGCCAACUUUGCUAGAAAAUGUAUAUCACAUGUAUAGUGGAUUUAAUUGCCUGUAUAAAUGAAUGUCAAGCAGACAGUUUAAGGACACGAUCAUAGUAUUUUCUCAUUGAAAUAAAAGCUGCAUGCUAGAUAGAAGUUAUUAAUUGCCAACUU